GAAAACCCACAAGUUUUUUUUUCGGUUUCUUUGGUAUUUUCAUUUUUACAACUCUGCGUCAUAUGUUUUAAAACACACGCGGCGGACCUCUUUUGUUUCCAAACAACUAAACGCAACAAUAAUUAAUUAAAAUGAGCAGCAGCGGCACAAUCGUGAUGCCCGGCGAGCGCAUCUCGGCCAUAGAAGAGGUGGCCAAGAGCAAGCGGGUGAUUCUCGGGCCGGGACUGCGGCGAUUGGACGACACUGUGGUGGCCAGCAAGGCCGGACCCCUGCGCCACAAGGAACCAAACACAUUUUGGGUGGACAACUACCAGCGGCGGUAUGUGCCGGCACGCGGAGAUCUCGUCCUGGGCAUUGUCAAGGCGAAGGCCGGUGACCAGUACCGCGUGGACAUUGGCUCGGCGGACUUGGCCUCCAUUUCCUAUCUCUCCUUCGAGGCGGCCACGAAAAAGAACCGACCGGACCUGAAUCCCGGAGACCUCAUCUAUGCGCGGGUUCUGGUCGCCAGCGCGGACGUCGAACCGGAGCUGGUGUGCGUCAAUUCGAAUGGAAAGCGCGGAAAACUUGGUCAGCUGGCCGACGGAUUCUUCUUCAAGUGCAGCCUGAAUCUGGGCCGAGUGCUGCUCCGCGAGAAUUGUCCCGCCCUCGCCGCGCUCACCCGGCGACUGCCCUACGAGAUUGCCGUGGGCGUCAAUGGUAGGAUCUGGCUGAAGGCCCAUUCCCUGCGAGAAACCAUUGCCCUGACCAAUGCCAUCCUGGCUCUGGAGCAGGCGGGCUAUGCGGAAAUCGACAAGGUCUGCGACAAUCUGGAGGACUUUCUGCAGGCAUAGGAUUAAUUGCUAAGUUAACUUACAUUUAUAUAAAAAAAUCUAGAGUUGAAA